AUGAAGCGGAAAUAUGAGCUUGGUGGCGAAAUCAAUGCAGAUGAUAUUCCUGUAACGAAUCAUGAGACAAUUGAAGACACAAAACCAGGAAGUGUUAAAGGUAAACUUUUUUCGAGAAAAAAUUGAGAAUAAUUCUAACUUUUCAUGUUUUUCAGAUGAAUCCGAAUCAUCAAGCGAUUCGCGAAGCAAUUCGCCACCGGCUAUGGAAAUGGGUGGCUAUUCGCGAGAAGCCUACCUCAAAUAUCAAAUCGGUAAACGGGAUAUGGAUUUGAUCGAGAUCGGCAAAACCAUAGUUCUUGGAACUGUUGAUCAAAGUUUAUCUGCAAGUAAACAAGUGGAUCGAGCUGCUAAACAAGACGCACAAUUAAUAAAUCUCGAAAAUUUAGUGCACGGGUUAGCGCAAGAAAGUACUAUCGAUCAGAAAUUUAGUAUGGUUGGAAGUUCACUUUGUGUAAGUUUUUUAAAAUAUUUUUCUCUUUGAAAAUUAUAUUUUUUGUUGCAGUUCAAUAUCCACAAAACCUCUCUCAAAUCCGCAAUUUCUUCUCUCAACGCAAAAUCCUCAAUCGAUACCAGCGCCCAAUUUUCAAACUUUGAUUUCAAUAUUUUGAAUUUGCAAGAAGAACAAAUCGAAAAAUAUCAAAUCCAAGCCGAAGAUCCAUUCUUAGAAGCUGAUUUAGCCUAUAUCUUUGGUUUGCUGACUUUUCGAGACAAUGCAAAACUUCUCAAUAAAACCAAACAGUUUAUCAAAGCAUAUUUUGUGGUUUCCUGUAGGCCACGGUGUUUUAUCUGGAGAUAUACAUUAAGGAAAAGUGGAGCGACACAUAAGAAAAGUAUCAGUCAUUUACCUCAUCAUAUUAUGACGUUAAUUGUUGGUGAGUUAACUUUUUUUUAUUUUUCAAAAAACCUCAAAAUUUGCAGACUUCCUGCUAGAUUUGUGUGGAAUUGGACGAUUUGAUGUGCCAUAUUUAGAACUUGAAAGAACUUCCCCAUUUUUCUACUCAUUGGGAGCUGAAGAUCCUGAAGGAAUUUAUCAACAACUUUGUGAAUCGAGAGAUGAAUUGGUUGAAUUUUUCAAAAAUGCGAUUACUGAUUGUUUGAAUGAGAUUAGAGAAAUGCCAUAUUUGUUGGAUUCCGGAGUUUUGUCGACGCCUUUGGUGAGGAAAUCUGAUUUUUAGCCUGAAAAGUUCAGCUGAGAGCUAGAAACCAGGAAAAAACUUGUGAUUUUGCCUAUAAAAAUUGAUAUCUUCCAACCCAAGAAUUUAUUUAAAAUAUCUAAGUUUUUUCGUUGAAACUAUUUAUAAAAAUCGCAUAUUUUUUGCAAAAACGUUUCAAAUUCAAAAAUGUUUUUUUUUCAAAAACUUCAAUUCAAUUUUUGCAGCGCGGUCGAUCUCCUUCAAAUUCCACAAUCACAUGGAAACAAUACGAAAAUCUGCUGAAAUGCGAAAUCGAAAAUCCGACACCACAAAACAUCCAAAAUCGCGUCAAUUUCGAACACGCUAUUUUCACACAAUUACCGGUUAUUGAUUGA